AUGGCUGGUCUAACCUGUUGUCACUUUGGCAGGUCACACAUUUGUGACAAAGGACUUCUUACUGAGAAUAGAUGGUUCAAGGUCACGCGGAAAGAGCUGUCCCCCACCAAAUUGAUCUGCGAGCCCACCGUCAGCCUCUUCACCUUGAAACAGAUUGGUGCCUGCCUAGCAUGGCUUGUCUCGGAAGCGACACACCCUUGCUGGCUCGCCGUCAUCUUUGGUUUACUCACCGCUGCCCUUCUCGUCUUCUGUACCGGCAUGGUCUCACCACAAGUCAAAGCAAUGGACGUGGAUCAAGACGUCGACUCCAUGGAUGUCAAUGACCCACCACUCAACUCCAACUCCAAUGACGAGGGCAAUGCCUUCCGUUUCCAGGCGAGAUCGUCAAUGGGAAGUGGCAGGUCCAUUACAUGCGAAUGCAUCUCCAGAUCUAUGUUGCAAGAAUGGUGCAAAAGUUUUGCCAUCCUGCAUUCUGGAAACAUGAAAACAAUGCGAGAGAGGCUCGCUAAGUUCAGUGGGGAUUCUGAUGCUUGGGAUAGCUCUUCACAGGCAAAAAAAAUUGUGGAGUCCCAUCCCUACGUUCCAUUGGCAGCCCAAAAAUUAGCAGCAGAGAAAGCUCUUGCAAAAAGAAUGGCUGGUGGCAACCUGGCACUACAGGAAAACCUCAAGCUCACAAAUGCACACAUUGAAGAACUCAAUCACUGCCUCUCUCACAUGAGCACUGGCAUGGCCAGUGACUGCAUUAGCAUUUCCCUGACAGCCACCCCUCCAUCCGCCCCUCCCUUGCCAUCUGAGCACGUCACAGCCCCAAACGAACAACCCCAUCCAGCCACCUCAGCUGCACAAAUCUCCACUUCAGUUGCAACCCCCAGCUCUGCUCUGACACGCACAAUCAUACUAGGUGACAGGACUGAGCUCACAUUCACGGAGGCGGAUGUUGGCUCUCCAUCACUAACUGGCUUUGCUGAUGACAUUGCUGGCCUCAACCGAAUGUGGGAUGACACCACUCCCAACUGGGGUGGCACGUUGGUGUUGGAGAUCAAGGGUCACCCAAUACCCAUCGUCUACUGGAAGGACAUCUAUAUGAAUUCUAACUGUGGAAGCCCGUGGAAGCUGCGCCAAUGGCACAGUAUGAAGAGCAAGUGGUUCAACUGGAAGGUCAUCAUGCAUUGCUACCACCAAGGAAUCCACACCCAAUUUUGGGAUGAGUUUUCACAUAAUGGGGAGCAGCUUUGCAUCACAAAGAUCAUCCAACAACUUUCAGAGCUUCGCAAGGAUGAAGACCAGGCCACAGCUGAAUGCGCAAGGGCAGACCACCCCAGUCACAAAUCGUGCGUAGAGGCCAAUGACAUUCUGACACCAGGUACUGACAACCACCACAUUGAAACGAGUGGGUUCCGUAAGGGGAUGGGUCAAUCCCAAUAUCAAGAAGAUUGUUACAAAAGAGCAGUACUUUACAGUGCCCCACCUAUUCCUGCAGGAAUUCAGUCAUUCCACUGGAAUCCUCUGAACUCAUCUAAAGUCAUGUGA